AUGCUUUCUACACUCUUCACCCUACCUGCCUUUGCGACCUUGGUCUUCGCCAAAGAAGUCUUUGUUACCUACCGCUACGAGCGAUCUUCUGGUAGAACUGCGCUGGAAAUUCAGGGUGCUGAUAAGGCAGUGCUCGCAGAGUCCUGCAGUUCAAAAAUUGGUUCUCUUGACUUCUCCAACUUGGAGCAGGAUGGUAGAGGAUUUUUCACCGUGGGCGACAAAAAGUUCGAAGUAUUGAGCAACCCUGAGGACGGACCCGUCUGCACCAGAAUAUACGACGAAGCCAUUGCUGUCGUUGAAUGUACUGGUGUGGACUAUGAUGUCCCAGAAAGUGCGGCAACAUCUGCAGAAGACUGCUUCUUUCAUGAGGACAACAAAGCUGCGUUCCGUACCCUCAAGUCGAGGAGCGAAAAUUUGCACCUUGUUGGUGCGCCUGUCGAGAAACCUGUUAUGCCACCAUUUCAUUCCAGGAUUUUGGGAUCCCGACAGGCCUGCAUGUUCUCUCAGUACAACACUAAGCUCGUCGGCGACGGUAACCCACACCAGAACUAUCUUCACAAGCAACUUUCGAGUAGCUUCGACUCUGCCUGUGGAGACGGCAAGCUCAGCGAACCAUACGUUCUAAAGUCUCCCAACAAUGCAAACCGCGGUGGUAGCUACUACUGUGUCGUUGGAACGUGCAGGUCUAUGGGAGACGACUACUGGGACGACACUGGUCGCGCUGGCGGCCCUUGA